AUCAAUUUUUUAUUUGUGUUGAAAAAUGUUAAGCAAUGAAAUAUAAGUUUAACUUUGAUUUGCUAUUUUUGUUUAUAUAAACUAUUGCACUUAGUAAGUAAUUAAAACUCAUAUGCAAACUAGUGUGAACUGAAACAAGAAAAAAAGUUUAAAAAUGUUAAUAUUAAGAUUAUCCUUUUUGUAAUAGAAGGGUUUUGACAAAAACACGCAUCUUCUAAUUUUUGAAUAUCAUUAUUUUAAAUUUAUUCUCAAUUCUUUUUUGAAAUAAAUAAAUGAUUCCUUGAAUCAUGUGUGAUAAAAAAUUAGAAAACGAAUGUUCCUUAGUUGAUUGCAGUAUUGUUCAUAGUGAUAAAAAGUAUUUCUCUUGCCAUGUAUGUAACAAAAGUUUUUCACGCAAGAAUACUUUAUUUAAUCAUAGUAUUAUUCAUACUGGUAUAAAACCUUAUUCUUGUAGUGUGUGUAAUAAAAGUUUUUACCAGAAGAGUGGUCUAUAUAAACACAGAUUUAUUCAUAGUGAUGAGAAACCUUAUGUUUGCAACAUAUGUAAUAAGCGCUUUGCUCAAAAGGCUCAUUUAAAUCGUCACACUUUCUUUCAUACUGAUAAAAGGCCUUUUGCUUGUAGUAUUUGUAAUAAAAAUUUUAGAACUAAACUAUCUUUAACAAACCAUAUUGCUCUUCAUACUGGUGAGAAACCUUUUGUUUGUGAUAUAUGUGAUAAAAGUUUUAUACGAAAGGACAGUCUAGUUAAGCACAGUCUUCUUCAUUCUAAUAAUAGUAAACCCUAUUCUUGUGAUAUAUGUAAUAAGAGUUUUUCAUCAACAUCUAGUUUAAAUUCUCACUAUAUUGUUCACACUGGUGAAAAACCAUAUUCAUGUAGUAUUUGUAAUAAGAGUUUUACUUAUAAAAGUAAUUUGACACGUCACAUAGUUGUUCAUACUGGUGAAAAGUUGUAUUCUUGUAACAUAUGCAAUAAGAGUUUUUCAAAAAAAUGUAUUUUAACUCGUCAUUCUUAUAUUCAUUCUGGAGAAAAACCUUAUUCUUGUGAAGUAUGUAAUAAAAGUUUUACUGUUAAGAAUAGUUUAACUAAGCACAGUCUUGUUCAUACUGGCGAAAAACCUCAUUAUUGUAGUUUAUGCAAUAAGGGAUUUUCAAAAAAAAAGUAUGUACUGAGUCACUUAAAAGUAUGUACUAGUCUUAUUCAGGCUGUUGUACAAGUACAAAGGAUUGCAUCAUAAUAGAACAUCAGAAAGGGGAGAGCUUUACAUGUCACAUGUGCAAAGACUUAAAAUUCUAACUAAAUCUAAUCCAAAAAGAAAGAUCUUUAAAUUACGAAGUAAACUUAAGUGGAAACUAAAUUUGUUAAAAAAAUGAACAAAGGCAAAUUAAACAGAAAAAAACAACAUAAUUUUCAUAUGCAUGUUCUAACCAUUAGCUAAUACCACACAUACUUAGUAAAAGAUCAUAACUGUAUCCACUAAAGUUCAAAAACAUGGAGAUGGAAAUUUGUUCUUUUGACUUUAGCAAUUUAGGAUAUGUCAGUUAACAAUUUCUGAUUGUCCUCUCAGAAUAUAUAAUUUAAGCAAUGCAGUUUUUGUUGGUGCAAAUCCAAUCACAAGUUUAGUUUUGCAAUCACAUGUUUUAGCUAUUUGAGACUGCCUUCAAAGAAAUUCAGUACUGCACUUUCAGAUAAAUAAAGCUUAAGGAGAAGAGCAUUAUAUCAAAAUGGUCUAUAUAAUAUCAAUGGAGAAUGCAUUUGAAUCCCCACAGGAUAACUACUACUUAUUUGAAGCUACUACUACUUAUUUGAAGUUUUUCUUAAAAUUAUUACUUUGGAGCUGUUCUGCAUUUUUCUUUUAAAUUUAAGUCCCUGUGUUAGAAGCUACUUAAAUUUAUAUAAUGCGAAAAUUCUUAUAAAUCUGAUCUUUUGCUUAAGUUCAAACAAGAAACCAAUUGUAGAUAUUGCUCUUUGCAUUUUUGAUUUUUAAUUGCAUUUACAAAAAGUACUAAUAGUUUCGUCAUCUUUAUCAUCUCUUUAAGAUUAAUGAAAAAAAAUAACAUUAUAUAUUCAAGUUUCAAUCCUAUAAUAUUUUUACCAUUAGUAUCUUUUCUUUGUUUCAUUAAAAUAAAUUUAAAUAGCAAUUAUAUAGGCUCACAAAGUUCAGUUUCCUUAUAUUAAAUAGGAUGCGCAGUUGAAUAUGAAAGUAUAAAUAUGGUAAGGUAUCAUUUAAAGCAACAGUUUAUUAAAAAAUUGAUCAACUCAUAGUGACCAAGCUAAUUAUAUAAAGUAACAAUGGAAAUAUAAAGAAAUAUUUCAAUAUAUCAACAUUGAAUUCUCUCUGUCAAUUCUAUUCGAGUUAAUUUCUAUCUGAUUACAUACCUAAUCAGGUAUCUAACAGAAAACUUAGUAAUUUUUAAAUCUUGUUAAAUUUUUUUUCCUGUAAAAUGUUUUUUGUUGUUUGUUUGUAAAAUGUGGCAUUCACAAACUUAAUAUUUUCAGAUUGUGUUUCAAUACUGUGUUAUUUCUUGGAAUCGCAUAUCAGUCUGAGUUUUCUUAAUUAAAAAUACAAUUGACUGUGAUUUAUCUUCUUAACUUUUUUUCUACUGAUAUUUGUAUCAUUGGUCGCAGUUAUAUGAGUUCUUUGCUUAUUCAACUGGAUUCAAACUUGUACAAAUUUUAUGGAUUAUUGUUACAGAACUACUAACAUGCAUGUCAUAUUUAAAUUUUAAGUCAUUAAAAAAAUGUAUUUUUUUUGUAAAAUUAAUUUUAAAUGUCUUUAUUUGUUUGUAAUUUGUUUAAUAUUUUUGUACUUAUAUUUUAAUAAUAUCCUGCACUGUUUUACAAUAAAUAAUGUUUAUGGUAACUUCUGUAAAAUUUUAUUUUUUUCUAAUAUCUCUAAUUAUACAUUAGUGUAACAUACAUUUUAUAAUUUUGAAACAUCUAAAACAAGUAAAAUGUGUUUUUUAUUGCAAA